AUGACUACUUUACGUAGAACACGAGUUUGCAAACAAACCUUCUGUGUCAACCAGGGAACUCUGCUUAAUGGACAAUGUUCCUGCAAGCCAGGUUACUAUGGAAGUUGCUGUCAGUAUAAUCGUAAGUACAGUUAGGUAACAAAUCAGAAAAUCAGUUUAUUCUAAGUAUCUUUAUUUUCAUAAUGGCAACAACCUAACCAAUACCAGUUAUUAUUCAUAAUUUUACGUCCUCAUUAUGCAGUUUCCCUUGAACUGCAAACACUACUAUCAAGGUCAGCACUAAAAAAGCUAACAUGAGAACAUAAUAUGGAAAGCUUUUUUUUUAUCCGAGUUUUUCGUUAUGAUUGUCAUUAUACCCGUUCGUACAAGCAAAUUAAGUGUUAGUCCUAGCCCAGCGAGAUAUUUGCUCAGGUUAAGUCUGUAAGCGCUUGUUUCCGUUGCAAACAAAGAUGUUUAAGAUAGAGAAAGAAUGGGAGGCACCUUUGACCGCGUCUCAGCUCUCUUUUGUGAUUCGUCUCAGCCUUACACACUACAGCUGUUUUGAUUGCCUUUGUAUUGAGCUUCUUUAGUUACAGUAGAAUUUAGAAAUUGUAGUCAUGAAUUUUUUUUAGGCCAUAGCAUGAAUAUUUUUAGGGUUGAUUGGCGUGAAUGAAUUUUUUCUUUUAAUUUUCCCUUGGGCAAAUAUUUUUUGGUAUUCCGCCUACCCCCCUCCCCCCCUCAAUGAGUUUUCUAAUCGUUCGUCCCUUACUACUCUAGAUCUUCACUAUUUUUUAUAGUCCAAUUUGCCGUCCUGCAACCUUUUCAAUCAAUUUUGCCCAGGGAAGGCCGGGAUGGGAGAACUUCCUUAUUACUAGCCCCUGGACCGUUUUCCUUCUUUCUAUCAAUGAACAAGGACUACCGGAUGAAGAAUUAAAAAAUGUAAAGAUCAUUCCAGUUAAAGACGUAGCUGGGGAGGGAGGGGGGGAAGAAUUUGGUUUAGGUUGGGUUUUAGGCGCACAAAUACCACUGUCAGACCUCAACUUAUUUAUGUCCAUGAAUUAAUGAGAGACCUACAGCAGGGGGGGGGGGGUGCUAUAGUCGAAAAAAGGAAAACUUCGCAAAAUAAUAACUUUUCGGAAGUAGCGCUGUCGAAUGAAGUCAAGUGCCACUGCAAUGAUUUCCUGUACAUGAACCGGCAAGUUAGCUUAUUUGCUAUUUUCUUCCCGUCUUCAAACUCCGCGUAAGCCUAAUUAAGUAUCUUUGUUUUACAUUUGUUAAAAAAGGCUUCACUUGCAUGUGAUUUCCUUUUCUGCCUGACUUUUUGACCUCGUUUUAGCGAACGCAUCUUCGAGUUUAUUCUGGUAACGUACCAAGGUAAGGUUGCAUAACAACGUUCCCAAGCAACAUUUGUACCUUUUCACUGCUUCAGAAUUCAGGGUACAGACCGAUAUGGAGAUAGAGUUUUUAUACUGAAAGCCGUUUGAUGUAGGACAAGAUGCCACAGACACUGCAUCUCAGUAGAAAAUGAGUACUCGCUGCUUUCCCCUUAAGUUUGUCAUCCUUGCUCUUGCUUUUACCCAUGCAGCGUCUGCUCAACAAAUCUGCAACAAUUGUUGCAUAAAACGGAAUCACAUUGAGCUUGACAAUUCACGAAGGAGCGUGCAAGCCAAGUGGACGUCAGGUCAAAUUCCACUUUGUGACAAAGACCUCAAAGCAGGAUGGUACCGCUUUAAAAGUUUUGUCGGAGGGAAAAUGCCGACCAAGAAAGUUAACGUUAACCAUUGUGGCACGCAGGCCCCAAUUUGGUUAAAAGGUAAUCAUCCUUCUCUCAACGAUCCGGUGGCUCGGGUCAUAGCCUGUGUGAACAUCUUUGAGAGGCGACGCGGUUGCUUCUUCUCGUUCUAUGUGAGCGUUAAACACUGUCCUGGAAAUUACUACGUUUACUACCUUCAACCGACGCAUUCCUGCCAUAUUGCCUACUGCGCUGGUAAGCGGAAACUGAAAUGUUGAUGUCCAUACUCUAAUUAAUUGUUGCGGAAUUCUUUUAACCCCGCUCCGCUGGUUCAAACAAAUCAAGAGGACUGUAUCUUUCGAUGUAACAACACGAUUUAAUGCAAUCCAACAAUCUACUGCGAUGUACAACUCUCAUAUACUCAACGUUCGUAACACAACGAUCAACGUAACUAAACGAUCAACGAUCAACGAAUCGAUCAACUCAACUAAACUAAAACAUUCUAAGUAUACAGUGGUUUUUCUACUAUCCUUGCGUAAGGCAGUAUUUUUACAUUAAUCACAUGUACAGUAAAAGUUCCCAUUGUAAUGUAUCUAAAUUAAGUGUCUAUUACAAAAUCCCACGUUCUUUCACCUUAUUUAGCCUAAGAAAAUGCAUGCAGUUACAUCAUUUUACAUCGUAAAUAAACUCGGACUUUGUCUACAUUAUUGUGAAAUCUAAUGUCACGAAAUCUAACUUCUGCGCUACAAAUGUCAAUUUCUAAUUAAUAUUUAAUCACAGAAUAAUCAAGUUAAGUAUCACCUAUUUCUUUCCCCGACAUUAAUGUCAAAAAUUGCAAACAGUGCAGCGGGAAAAAAGGAAUUGCUGAACCAAUUCGUAAAUUCCAGCUCCAGAACGGGUCGAAACGGAGUCUCCUUCAAUUGUUUACUAUGCUUUCAAUCUAGUCUUUGUAAUUCGGAAACGGAGUCUCCUUCAAUUGUUUACUAUGCUUUCAAUCUAGUCUUUGUAAUUGGAAAUCAAUUAUGGAAAUUAUGGGAAAACGACAAUGAACUAGCUUGAAUAUUUAAUACCUAAAAUGCUGCGCCCUUCUUUCAACCGAAAACAUUUCUAACUUGUCAGUACGAAAAUGAUGCUUAGGGCUUGCUCAUUGUUUUAUUUUCUUGAUUGCAACGGGAAAAUGUGAGCUGUUUGGUAACUCAUGAUAGCGUUGCCUCACGCUACAAGUAGCUCACGAAAACGGUGGAUCAGUUAAUGGCAUUGAUCAAAACAGCUUUUAAAACCGUUUGCAUUUUGACGUUUUUGACAGUUUGAUGUUAGCCCUUUUUAUGAUACGCCCUCAUGUUGUGAAGUACGGUUUCCCUCGAAGUUUUAGGGUUUAAAGCGUUAGCGAUCGAUAUUGUUGAAUUAGCCCCGGCGACUUCAUAAUCAGCAAAUAGUCAACAACGUAUCAAAAGUAGUCUCCGGUAUGAAAAUAUAAUACGUUAAAAAGGGGUUCAAGUUACGGUUUUUUACAUUUCCCGGGUUCGACAAACAGGCGACAAGCAUAGCAAAGUUUGUGGCUGAUAUACCAAUCCGUUGAUGGGAUUUUUAAAAUCAUCAGUCUUUAGCGGGCUUUAGCUAACUUAGCUCAAGCCUGCGCCACAUUCAGAGCUAAACGUCUCGUUGUUAACCGAGCCAAAAGACGGUUGAAAAAAAGAUAAACCAUUCAUGAAAUGACGGAAAAAUUCUUGCCUGUCUUCGCGCUCAAUUAACAUUUCAGUGACACAUUUCUUUCAAGAAACCACCUGGAACAUGUUAAGUCAACUGACCAGUUUUACCAUUGUAAAGUUUGUUUACAUUCUUUUUACGAUAACUCGAACCCUUGCUAACUCGAACCUCGCUCUAACUCGAACCAAAAUCGGUUUCCCCUGGAUUUCCGUCAUACAUAGGCUCGAUUUCCGCCGUCUCCCGGGUCUGGUCUUUUCCCGAACAGCGGCUGGUAAUCGAGCCUACGUCAUACAUUCACUGUAAUUUUACCCUCGUUACUCGAACCCUCGAUAACUUGAACUCCCGCUUACUCGAACCAAUUUUCGUUUCCCCUCAGGUCAUUUUCUAUAUAAUUUUACCCUCGAUAACUCGAACCAUGUUUUGAGCCCCUUAAAAAGUCGGGAAAAAAGCCGUCCACGGGCGUCCGAAACAUUGAAUUUUGGAUAUCCCAUUGACGUGUUGUAGGAGUAUAGUUUACCCAGUGGGGGCUGAUGAUUGUCACAGGCUAACGUGAGGCAGUUUUUCUUCUCAAAACAGGAAAACGCAUGCUCUGUUUAUAUAGGCUAUGUUUUGUUACGUUACGUUCUGACUUAUGAUCUAGAAGUAUCUUUUAAUUUUCACUUGACAUGUCUACAAUCAAAUGUGAUUAAAAUGUUCACUGUGCAGUAAAAACUGUUUUUUUACCUUACUCUCGGCUAUUUUCUUCGAACUCCCGAUAACUCGAACCUUUUUUCGAUUUCUCUUGAAAGUUCGAGUUAUCGGAAGUUUACUUUUUGUUAUAUUAUAACAUCACAGCAACUCUUUGUAAGAGUUUUUGUAAUGUUAUAACUCGAGUAAGAUAAUUAAGUAUUGCAUCCUACACGAUGAGCCGUGACGUUCACCGUUUCGGCUGUCACUGCUAUCUGCGACACAAGCCAAUUAUUAGUAAAUUCCGGAUGUUUCUUCGGAAAGUAAUCGAGAGUUCUUUUUGAUGCAAAUUUAUUUCUUUUCGCUAAAUGUGCACGCGCACAUGAAACCUGAAAACAAUGCAAGUGAAUAAUGAGGACGCUCACUAGUAAACACAAAAUCUGGGGGUGGGGGGGGGGGUAUAUUUCAGGCCCUAUUUAAAAGCUUUCUAUGCUUUCAAUGUUCUUGAAACUUUCAGGGUAUAUUUAUUGACAAUUGAUCACGAGAUUGUCAGGUUUUUAAAAAAAACUUAUUGAGCGGAAUUAUUAUCAGAGUGCAGAUGCUUCGACAAAAAGAAAGAUUGUUUGACUACAGUGUCAUUAUCUUUCAGACAAACAAAAUAUUCCAUAAUUUCUGAUUAACUGGAAUAAUUAGUGUUUAUCUUCCUUGUUCGGCUCUAUAAGCUAAGUUAGAGGCCUUGUUGUUCAAUUACUAUAAGAAGCGUUUACAAAAGUGAUAAUAAUCCUGCUUAGUGUACAUCUGUAGUUUCAGAUCGGAAAAAUCAUUGUAUCAAAAAUCUGGGAAGCGGUAUUUGGAUUAAGCAUUUGAAGAAGGGAGUGUUUUUGUAUACAACAGAAGGCGUGUCUUGUAAGUGUUCAAGUGCGAGAGUGAAGUUUCCUUUUGGUUUAAAAACGUUUUCCUAAAUAGGUGUAUUGUUGGACGAAUGCAAUUAGCUCGUUACCUGUAUUACUAGGAGUAAUCGGAGCUUAGGAGAUUGCGUUCGAUAUGUUUGCUAGGCAUAAAGGUAGCAUGGUGUAAACUUUCAGCACCCUUUUGAAAGAUGAACGCUUUGGAAGAUUCAUUAAACACAGAUCGAUAGUAGACCUUCAGCAAACUCUUAAAUAUGUACGCUUUACGAAAAUUCAGCAAACUUUUAAAAGAUGAACGGUUUACGAAGACAGAAUAGCAGACCUCAGCAAACGUUUGAAAGAUGAACGCCGAGGACACGCGAAUCACCAAGUGAGUUAGCGCGUCAAAGUGAUGCCAAACGUAAGCAAACGCCUCAAAGCGAGGCAGAUGUGUGCCGACGACGACGACAAAUGCAAUCUCGAAAAAACCUCCCUUAUUCAUUGCACAGGAAACCCAAUAAUGCACAGAGCACCCAACAAAAAUCAGGGGUUGCGUUCUCGUACCUCGAACGCCAAAAUUGACGUAAUUUAUGUCUGCGUGGGGGACAUGAAUUUUGAUAUAUGCAAGCCCUAUCUGGCCAUGCACACUAAACAAACGCAACGUACUUGUAAGUUCGUGUAGACACGCUAGGAAAUUUCAGUUGAAAAAAAAAAUUCAAGUCCGUUUUUGUUACAUAAUAGAAUCCAUGUAAACAGCAUUAUAUCUAUAGUGACCGCAUUUUAAAAUUUCAGUUAUAAUCAACGCCUGUUGUAAACUACCAUAAGGCUAUUUUAUUUGAAGAGCGAUUCUAGUAGGUGAUGAUCUAUGUAUCCAUCCAUCCAUUCAUCCGUCCGUCAGUCUGUCUAUCUAAUAAUGGCGUAUUUCUGACGGGUUAUCUUCAUUUUGCAGGCAACGGUAAACCAUGCCCUUAUGGACAAGUAGGGACUUCUUUAGCGACCUGCAAAGGUAAGGAAAAGUUUCAUUUUUUAGUAACUCUUGCCCAUGUAUAACCGUGUCGUGUUUAAUUUGCAAUAAAGCAAUUCCUUAUUUUCUUCCUAACAGUCAAGUUACAGUGCCUUUCUGCACUUAAAACUGUUUUUCGCCUUUAUUAACAAGGUGUAAGAACCUUUUAAAAAAUUCCAGCUAGUUACGUUUUGUAUUUCUGGACUGAACAGGAGUUUUAAAAAAAUUGCCAUUUCUUGCUAUAUAUUUAUUUUAUAAAUAAUUUUAUCUUAAAAAAGCCGGACCACAGAAAUUGACAAGCAGCUACUUGGGACCACCUGUCGUUACAUUUAAACAACCCAAGGACGAAGACUCGGACGCCAUUGACCUCCUCUGCAUUGUGUCAAUUGAUGCAAAAAUAAGGAAAUGGAAGAAUGUGACAUAUCAAAUUGAUUGGCACUCAGAGGGAAAGCUUGUUAAACAGGAGCAACCCUUCUGCUCUCCACUUAAAGGCAAAAAGGAGAACGAUAAGCCAUGUCCAAACCAAAAAGACAUCCGCUCUAUUCUCUCUGGAAGCGGAUUUUACUAUGAACCUGGCCAAUGGGUAAGAUUCUGGUAGAUUUAUAUAAUGUACUUGGCAAAUCUAGACAACAAUAAGCAAAUCAAGUUAUACUUCGUCUUGUAUCUAUAUAUAAUACAGGGAGUUUCAAAAGUUCGUUCCGAUUUUUUGUCCGCUUUUAUUUCAGAAAUUACUAAAACUACCUUCUCGAAAAUUAAGUAUGUUAUUCCUUAUCCAUUUUACAUUGAAUGAACGAAAUAUUAGUAGCCAGCAUGGCCUCCUUUAUUUUUCUGACAUUUUUUAAUCGGCAGGGCAUAGAAUGCGCAAGCUCCUUAAGCGUGUCUUGAGUAACAUUUUCCAGGCGAACCGGAGUCGCUUUUUUAGCCUUUCCAGUGUUUUCGGGGCUGGAUCGCUGCACGUUAUCUCGUCAGUUAUGCUCCAGAUGUUCUCUACAGGGUUUAGAUCAGGUGAGUUUGCUGGCCACUCAUCCUUGGGUAUAAAGCUUGGCAAAUUCUUGUGACAACACGUUUGAGCCACCUUUGAAGUGUGCGCCGGCGCGCCGUCCUGCACAAAGGUCAUCGCCUUCUUUGAGCUAAACAACUUUCUUUCCGUCGGUCCGCCUGUAACCUUCCGCCUUGUGGUUAACGGUUUCACUUCUUUCUCUAGAAUCUGUUUAAUACAGUACUCGGAGGUUAAGGUCUAGCCACUGGGUAAGAUGUGUAACCUUGUCAGGCCACGACCCGUCAUACCUCCCUAUACCAUCACCUUCGCACUUUGCUUCACCUGGUAUGCCGGGGGAACGUCGCACUCCUGAGAUCCCCAUACGAUGUCGUGUUUUGGAUUCGGGUAUUGAAAUAGAUACUUAGGACACUCAUCUGUAAACAAGAAGUCCUCCCAAUCCUCUGCCGAGAGUUUAGAGUAUUUCUUGGCAAAUGUUAAACGAGCCCUUCUUUGCUUCUCACUUAGAAGCGGUAUCUUCUUUCGCUUGAAAGUUUUCCACCCUUUGUUGGUCAUAUACCGCCAAACCGUUGAGUUCGAAACAUUGAUAUUCUGACGUUGAAGAUUUUUAGCAAUCUUUCUUGUUGAAUUAUUACGCUUAUACUUAGCUUUUUCGAUUACAUUUCUCGCACGAUUCGUCAAAACAGACGGUCGUCCACUUCUUGGUUUGUCUUCGAAAGACUUUCUUUUUGACCACUUGUUCACCCAUCUUUCGGUUUUUUUCAACAACUUGGCAAUAUCUUUGACCGAAUGGCCAGAAGACCGUAAAAUAGCUGCCUGAGCUCUAGCAUAAACUGCGUUCGCCUUCAUUUCCGUAAAAGAGAAGAGAAAAUCCAAAACAACGACAAUAAAUGCGAAAAUAGAUUCAAGGGCUGCAAAAUGGGCGGGAAAAAACGAACCGCCCAGCAGAUUUGGCGCGAAAACUUAAAAAAAAAAAACAGUAUCAUUUAUUCAAAUUUUAGAGUGAAAGUGCUUUCAACAAUUAAUUAGAUAAAUUUAUCAUCUGACCCAGCUGAAUUUUGCCUAAAGAAACAUAAAAUGUUUCAUACAAAGUGCAACUUUCAAUCUGAACGAACUUUUGAAACACCCAGUAGAAUGAAAACCCACCUUUCAAGCCGUAAUAAAGUAGAAAAGUAAGUAGUAGUAAAGUAAGUAUUCGGUAGUUAAAUAGUCUACCUGUUCGCCGAAUUUAAAUUUAAUUUUACCUGAAGAACUUCAAAAGAGAACAACUGCAUUGUCUUGGACACGAGUAAACGACUUAACCAUUAGUCACACGGUUCGAGUCCACGUAAAACCAGAGAUUUCGCACUUGUCCAUGCACUGGUCCAAAUAGACACGCGUGACGACUCAAUGCAAGUUACUUAUGUAAUAAAACUGACGACUUUACGGCUUCACUUGUGUCUGUUCAAGAUAAAUGCAAUUUAAGAAAUGGUAAACGUGCAGCGUGCAACCAUGGAGUUAUGGUUUUUCCUGUACUCUAUGGAAAAGCUGGCCUGAAUGAACUUUCAAAAACGUAGACACCGAUGAAUCCAGUUGACUUUGUCACGUGCAAAGCUUUCUUCAAUCAAAAACCAAGUAAACAAACCAGCUUUAAAUAGCAAAAGAAUCUUGACAGCAGCUGCAGUUCAUUUUGUGGCGGCAGUGAAAGAACACAAAAAAUUAAAAACUUAAAAUUCAGACGCAAAGCUUUAGAUGUAAGUCAACAUAAUUUGAGAUGCUGCAAAAGCAUUUACGCAUGAAUUCACCAGUCAAAAUUUGGUCAAUCUGAGAUGAAGAGUGACCAAGAAAAGCAAGCAUUAAAGAAUUAUCUUGGAAAGUUUUUGCCGUCAUUCAAACACAAGAAAAUUCAACAAUUUUACCGGAGUAACUCCACUGAUUUUUUCUAUGCUGCGUUUUGCUUUUUGGCAAGAGAAAAACAAGGGUCAUGUCUGGAAUUCCAAUUCCCUCCCGUUCGCCGCUCCUUUCCCCCUUCCGUCUGUACGGACGGGCGGGCCUACGCCGACGCCACGAUAACCAACCAUAGCAACUCUGUACUGACACGAAACACGAAAGCACUACCCACCGAAGUAGUAAGCGAGGGGAAAAAAUAAAGGCAACAAAUAUAAGAGAAUUGUGCCUUGAGUUAACGCCUGCAGCACGUCAUCAACUCCAUAGACGCAUCGUGCGCACAAGAGAGUAAGCCCGUCAUUUUCCCAUAACCAGACUAGAAAAUUAGUUUAUGUGUACGUUGUUGAAAGGCCGAGACUUGACGACACCCUUUUGUUACAGGUAACAUGCGAAGUAAAAGCAAAGUUCAUAGGGACCCAUCCUUGGUCUGGAACCGUCUCUGUCGUUAAGCCGUUUUUCGCUGGCAUAAAGGUAUGAAAGCUUAUGGUGAUAAUUAAAAUUUGAACCUGGAAACAAAAGAUUUAGAUCAAGGGAAAACAUUUAAAAGUACUUUUUUAAAAAUCCUAAAUGGAAAGGGAGCUCUUUCUACAAACGUACACGAUACACGAGUUCCAAUGUAUAUAUUAUUGACUCGUAAUGCUUUCGUGAUAAUCCGUUGGAGCUGGGUAAUGUACCAGGUAGUAAGGAACAAGACUGAACCCUAGCCAAUAAAGAUUGAGUUGGUGAUAUACUUUGUUAUUAAACUGAGUUUCGCCGAGGUAUUCAUGCUUCUUCUCCUCGCCAUCAGAGUGAACAGAUCCCCGGAAAACGUUUUCCCACCUUUUUCCCACUUUCACUGCCUUCCAACAGUUUAUCGCUCCAUUAAUCUUUCUAGCUGGAUCGAACAACUGAAGGCUGGUGAACCUGUACGAGUCGUACGACUACUAAACUUGCGAGUUGUAGAUAGGGGGCCUUUUCAAGUGGUUCGACUCGUGCGAGUCGCGCAACUGAAUGAAACUGCAUCUCAUUAGGGACACUAUGGCAUUUGGGUAGCGAAUUGUAGAGAGGAGCCUCAGAUUCAAGUCGUACCAGUCGCACGAAUCGUGAAAGUGGUGAAUCGAAACUUUAUCUCAUCCCAAACAACGCGCUAAACCUUACAAAACGAGGCAAAAUAUGCAUAGCGAGAAAAUUGCCAUCUACUGAUUUAGUAAAUACUAAAUGGGAAUAACAAUAUGUUGGUAAAAACGUAAAGGCUAACUGUGAUGAAUAUUCACAAAUAGAGCCAACUGAAAUAGAUGUAAUCGUAAAACGUUUUGCAUAGCAGUCUUUUUGAGCGUGAAAGCAGAAUUUUAGUAAAUGUCUAAAGCAUUAGGUUUCAAAUAAAAACGCUAAAAUUCGCCAUCGGUUUUCACGCUCAAAAGGAUGACAACAGAGAGGUGCGUAGACCAUAUUGGGGUUUUAAUUAUGUCACUUUUCGCUAUCUCCGCUAAAAAAAUCUUCUAAUCUUUGCCAUUGAACUGAAAAAUUGUAACAUUUUUCAUUUCCAGGUCCAUCCUACAACUCUCAUAAUAGAAGAAUGCAAGGAACCUUAUAUAGUGCAACUGAAAUUAACCCCGACAAUACCUGUUCGAAAAGAUUCUGAUGGUCUUUACGUAUAUGUGACAUUUUAUCUUCCCGAUGGUUUGUGGUUAGUAAAUAAUAAGGACAAGUGUAUUGUCGAAAUAAAAGAAACUGAAGAAGUCAAAGUAAGUAUUGGAGCAACCUGUACUACUCUUCAUGGCCUAAAGAAUUUGAAAGUAAUCUCUCCAAAAAUCAUGAAUCAAAAAGGGUUUUGGAGCUUCUAUGGCCUACCGACGAUCUGGGUUUGUAUUGUUUUUCUUUUCGUUUUUUACCAUUCUUCUUCUACUGUUCAACGUUUCAUUGUCUUCGGGAUGUAUUUUAAGUAUUUUUGACCACGCAACUUUAAAAAGUUAUAUCUCUGCUGUUAUGUCCAGUUCCUUAUAAAACUGUACCUCAUUGGAAAGGGCAAAAAUUAAACUUUCUGUAAAAAAAUAUUUCGGUCUAAGGAAACUCAUAAUAUUCCGCAAAAAAAAAAAAAAAAGAUAAACAAGCCAUAUUUCUGCAUAAUUAUUUUAAAAAUUUUUAAAGAGUGUAAUUCUGCCAGGAAAGUUGUCUAUUUUUUGCAAAACACUACAAACAAUUUUUUUUCUUCAAUAUCUAAGUAAAACAGCCCGAAUAUCGGUCGAUAAUAUAGAGCGACUAACCAUUUUCGACAAAUUUAUUUUGUGACCCCAUCGGAUUAUGCAAAUGAGGUCAGAGCUAAUUAGUAUAGCGAAAUUAGAUACUUCGCGUCACUUACAUCAUGGCCCGAUAUUUACUUGCGAAAGACGCUUUAUUUUUUAGUUUCUCGGCGAAAUAUCGAGUUAAAAACAAGCAAACAUGAAUUCACUGAUAGAAGUUAUCAAAAUAAGCAAGGCUUUGAAGACAAAAAGUUCAGCGGGACGGAAUUCACUGCGUUUGAAGAGUAUUUUGUGCCAGACAUUGCCGACUCGGGAAAUUGAACGCAAACAUUCUUACUGUUUUCUUACCUCGAUUUUCGCGUUUGUUUUACUUGUUAUCCUCCAGAAUCCUUCAAAAUAACUUGCUUGACUUGCAUUUGGUUGAAAUUCGUCAAUACAAGCUUUCAUUCUACGCAAAAUCCUCGACAACUACAUCCGACGUCGGACCGCCAUUUUUCUAAGUUUUUGCAAAAUCGUUGCGUGAAGCUCAAAACUCUCCGGGGGCUGGAACUAGGCACAUAAUUGGCUUAAUCUAUUAAUUUCGUGUGGGCCAAUUUGGAGGCAAUCGGAAGUAACGCAAUUUUUGGCGAGUUUUUUUCGCGUCAUCGACCAGUUUUGGUCGAAAUCUAAAGAGUCCGGAGACAAAGCUCUUUUUCUUUUGUUAAAUGAUAGGGAUCAUAUUGCCGUCAUGAGUCCUUAUAAUGAACUUGGUCUGCCCUCGGCUGGUAACUUUAAAUUUAACUUUAUUAUUCCAUCGUUCGGCGUAUAGUACAAACUCAGUAAAGCCAAAGCCAGGGGCUUAUACGGCCUGUGGUCAAAAUGACAGAAAUUAUUUUAAGUAGAAAUGAAGACUGAAGGCUAACUUACAAAACUAAAACAAGAUACAAAACUUAAAGGGAACCUCCACUCUUACUACAGAAUAAGUUUAAAUCGAAUAAAAUUAUGUUGAUAAACAAAUUUGUUCGAAAUUUGUCUUAAAAAAAGUGUUUAUAUCAGGAAAAGUGAAUUUUAAAAUCGCUUAUUUUCACUUUCAAAUUUCGCGGGCGCCGCCAUCUUGAAUAAUUGUGACGUGUUACGGUUGCUCUAUUGUUCUGACACAAAGAGCUUUUGUUUAAUAACAAUAGGGCAACCAUUACACGUCACAAAUAUUCAAGAUGGCGACGCCCGCAAAAUUUGAAAACAAAAAUAGGCGAAUCUAAAAGUUAUUUCUUUCGGAUACAAACGCUUUCUUUACAAAUAUUUUAGAUUGACUUGACUGUAACAGUUAUUUCCUGUGAUUUAAAGUUAUCUUUUUGUUGAAGUGGAGGUUCCCUUUAAAUUAAGUAAGUUUACAUGCAAGCAGUCCUAUAGCAGAGAUAAAACUGGAAGUACAAUUGACAAAUAAACUAACAAUAAACUAUGAGAAUCCUGCGCUAAUUCAGGCUUAAAAAGUAAAGUUUUAGUUUCUUUUUAAAGUCAGUGGUGGUAAGCCUGUUACCCGGACAGUCAAGGGGAUAUCAGUGGGAUAUCCUUGGCCAAAUAAUCGGGGCUUGAGAACUAAUAGCAAAUUGAUACCUGAGGAACAUUUUAUGCAAGUUGAACGAGAACGAGUUAAAUAACCAUGAAAGUCACUAUUAAAGUGGAGGAGCAAGGAAAGCCGAGAGGCAGGUGUGAGAAUACAAAAUUUAUAGAGUGAAUGGAGGGAAAGAAUGCAAAGCUUCGAGACUAGAAGCCUUAGAACGUGUUCGUGGAGGAGAAAAGGUGAUAAGUCGCGUGCGAGAGAGGAAACCGGUCUGUUCAAGCAGACUCUCAAGGUCAUAUCAUGUUUCACAUUAUAACGAGCUUAUGAGUCUUGUUUGGCCUGUCAGACGCUAAUUUCUAACCGAAUCGAUCGUCGUUUCGGUCAGCAUUCGUGACCGAAAACAGUCUCUCAAGAGACAAUCUACGGAUUCCAACAAAUCCUGCGUUGUCGGGGAGCCAACAAUCACCACUACUGUGAGGGCAAUGAAUAAGAACCAAACCUUGCUCAAAAUUAACGCGGCCAUCACUGCCUCUGCUUGAUUCAAACUGAAGUUACUUUUCAGCUCCGUCGUACAUGAAGGGGUUUUUGCUUACGGUAUAUUUCGGUGCCUCUCAUACGACGACUUUCUGGGACCCCAACUAACCCCCAUAUACACAGGCUUGUUUGUAACGCAUAUAUAUAUAUGGGCUUUUUUGUGCGCAUAUAUGCGCGUUUGUAAGAAAAUGGUUAUAUACUUAGGAAUAAUAACUCCACAAAGCAGAAAAGAACGCAAAUAUACGUGGCAAAAAAGCGCACGUAUAUCGUGUAGCAGGAAUGAUUGCAAGUAUACGUGGGAAAAAAACCGCACGUAUAUCGUGUCAUAAUUUUGAAACAAAUAGCCGACCAUAUUUUUAAACUAUUAACUGUGCAAUAUAUAUAAUUUGAGGGCCGCAUAUGUUUCUGUUUUCAACUGGUUGUCGCCACCUUCUGAAAAUGACGUUGAUUCAUUCACGCUACCCUACCAAAAGACCAACUUUGGUUCUUAGACGGGACUGUUAUUGACUGGAGGCUGAUGUUUACGAAAUUUUAAGAAAAAUUUAAGUAUAAACCCGAGCCUGAGAUUUUAAUAUAGGAUAUUAAUUUUGUGACAUAGAGACUUUUGUUGUUUGAUCAAAACUAAAACACAAACAGCGGUGAUAAACAUUGUGAGUUUUCGCAUUUUUAAAAACUUGACGUUCCGUAUGCUAUUCAACAUACAUUUUCAAACUUGUGAUCUUAAGUGACCGUUGAAGAAAAUAACAAGAAUAUAUAUUCAAAAAUUACAAGGGGUCUGGAAACGAGAUUAAGAAUUCUAACAGUAGUAAUGAAUACAAAAGGCAACAGCUAGUAAAUUUGAUGUUCUCAUUAAAAGCUGGCUUAAGGUCUUAAAUAAACAAUGUUUCUUUUAUCUUACAAUGAUAAUCUGUUAUGCCAGAUGCUAAGAUUUCAAAGUGAUCCCAUUUAAUGUAAUGUCCGGUGGCAGUGAUAUGGUCAGCAAUAGGUGAAGAGUGAUCAUUUUUUGUCAGGGACUUGAAAUAUUCAGUCUUCCUAUCAUGGAGCCAUCGCUUAGUUUUACCAAUGCAAAAAUCAUUACAAUCCCAACACCAAGCUUUAUAAAUGACUCUGGAUCUUUGAGAGUGAUUAAGGCGGGCCUUGUAUGCAAAAAAAAAAAAAAGAUCUAAUGCGGCAGGUGUUUUGAAAAAUUAUCUUUAAAUUAACGCAAAGUAAAAGUGGCAAAUACAGGAUUUUAGGCGUCUAGAAAUUUGGUUGCUUUGAAGACCAAAAUAAGGCAACAAAAUAAUAACAUCCUUCUUAGGAACCACAGGAACAAGAACAUCUCGCUUGUUUCGGUUUCGUUCCAAAACAUAAUUGACGUGGAAGUCAGUGAUUAUUCCUUAUUCUUAGAUCGAUUCCUAGCCUGUUUUAAACGUACCCCAACAUCACUGCGAUUUUUGUUGUUUAUACUGAUGGUGGGAAAUGAGCCGUCUGCUCAAAAAGGUUAGAAGUCUCAUUGUAUUUUAUAUCAGUUCAAAAUAUCUAAGCUAACAAAGCCUCUUGGUUUAUUUUCAGGUUUCCGUACUCCAAAAACCAAAAGCGAUUCACAAGUGCAAGAGUGUUACCGAUCCACAUUAUCGGCUACUUGAUGCUCAAGAUAGGUAUAAAUUUAAUGAUAUUUUCAAAAGUAAAACAGCUACUAGUCAGCGCUCUUUACCUAUCUAGCUCGAAAAUGGGCCUGUAUUUACCGCUGAUUUCAUUGCUAUGUAUACACCCGGAUUUUCAGACAUGAUUCGACGGUCAUGAUUCGACCUGUCAUGAUUCGACACUAAUCACGUGACGUAUCGCUUCGCAGCACGUAAACGGGUGCAAAAAUAAUUGAGAGUUCUGCCGUGGGAUCCGAAACAGUGAGAGAAAAAUCUGGCUGGCAAGGAAAGCUUAGCACUAAAGGACAUAAGUGUAACGAAGCUAGAAUCCCGACAAAUGCGUUUUACCUGAAGAGGAAAGCUUUGUUGUCUGGAAAGUGGCGACAUGAUACAGAAAUUAUGAUACAGCUGAUUUUAGUGUUGUCUAUAGACCCUGAUUUUUAGACAUGAUUCAACGGAGACGUUACCAAGCAGUACAGUAUUUUACCUUGAAUAUCCUACAGGAAUCAAAGCACACAAUCUGAAAGUUGCUUUAAUGAUAGCUUGAAUGUUUCUCUUGUAAUUCAGAAGAAGAGGACUGUGAUCCAUAAUUUGUUCUCCUUUUCAGACAAAAGCCUCUCAUACAAGUCACGCAACCUAAUCGCAAUACAUGUUAUCGGGCGUGUGGACGUCUCGAUCAAUAAGUUUUUCGGCUCUUUUCUCAACUUUUUUUGGGCUUCUACCUUGAUCUUUAAAGAAAUAUCAUAUUUUACCCUUUUUCAAUAAAAACAAAUGUUGCUUUCUUUUAUGUAUGGUUUUCUUUAAUUUAUUUGUGCUCACUAGGGUCAUAGGUCGAGAAUCGAACAUUGUGAUAUUUUUCAAUGUUCAAAAAAAUCAAAACUCUCAAACUCUCCAGCAAAUUCUUUCACAACGGUAGACUGAUCAAUUUAUCUGUUGAUUUCUUCUGCAAAACGUUUUUGCCGUUGGUGAAUACUACCCGUAAUUUACAUGUAACAGUGAUGCAAAUUUAGUUAACAGGGAGGCAAAUUUGUAUUCCUUCAAGUUGGUACUUUUUCGUCCUUAGUUAGCUUCUGCAUGGUUAAAAAAUAACAGGAAAACUUGACGUUUUGCAGAAGAAAUCAGCAAGUUUCUAAUUUUGUCGCGCGAGAAUCGCAAGCGGAGUUCGAUUUUGCUUUGGUCAUAAAUCUUUAUAUCGGUUUGGUAUCCGCAGUCCUAGCAACAAGCCAUUAACGAGCUCUAAAAGACACCAUUCAGCAUGACCUCAUCGUGCAUUUUGGUUUUUCAGGUAACACAACUGGUUAGCCACAGACUAGGGCUAAUUUUAUUCUUCCUUUGUUUACUGUACGUUGGCGAAUCGCCUGGCGAAUCGAAAAGUAUUUCUGAGGCAAAUGUUUCCUUUUAGCUCCGUUUAUUCUCACUGCUGACCCUUUUUAGCUCCGUCAGAAUUUUGAGAUAACGUAUUUCUAGUUUUAUUUGGUCAUGCUCUUCGCUUCUAAACGGAGUUAAUUCCUCGCGAAGAGAGUUUCUAAUCUCGUCAUGCGCGUAGUCUUAGCGGCUUGCAAACUUCCGUGGCCCUUAAUAUACUUCUUUAUAUGUAUAUGUAUCGUCACGCAGCAUUUUUUUGUUUCCAGGCAACAUUCGACUGCACUGAAACGGUUUCAUGGUGCACCGCCAUGUUUCAUUCAUCGUCUGUGAAAAAAUGUCUACUUUCGGUGAAUCACGAGCAAUUUUCUUAAAUGCAAAUGACACAGAACAGCAAAUACACCUUUUGCUGUUCAUUGCGAGAAAAUACGCAAUCAUUUGCGUGAAACGGCGACCAGUUCAUUAGCGCGAAAAUACGAACAUUUGCGCAUAUACAUGUAUCAGAUUCAAUUACGAUUUUUGCAUUUUAAUCAACAUUCAAUACACGCAAGGAACAGCUUUCCAACGGACUGAGUAGAACCGAUCAGCCUUUACACCGUCUGCAACCACGGGUUCAGAGUGAUCGGAGAUGGUAAAAAUUUCACAGUAAGCCUACUACAAACAGUCCAGAACGUAAUGAGUGACAUCUUGGGAAGCGUUACAUUUGAAAACAAUUGUAGUCUUUACACUAGAGACUAACUAAGCUAAGAAAUAUUUCAAGACAAUUAAAUUUUAAAUUCUUUAAGUAAAAGAAAGCUUCACACACAACCUAUGUUUUUUACUUCAGGUUUAAUUAAGCCUAUUUUCCCACGCAACAUAAUUAAGAUUGAUUGACAUGCUUCGCCUUUCUCAAAGCUUAGAAACCGCAAGUUCGCUAAGUCGGUUUUAAGGAUGGUUUUCAAGUCACUUGAAACUUUCUGGAAUAGUUUCAACUUUCCGACUUUAAUGAGAUGCAAGGUAAAGUUACUUGGGACUUAACUUAGGCCUUCACACGUACUUUUUGGUUAAGUAAAACUUGGCAGCUCUUAGUGCGCUUUUCACAAACAUGCGAAUUGUGAAGUUCAAGGUUGCAUUCCUUUUAGCCAAUCAAAAUCCGGAUUUUGCGAUCGACAAUUCGAUUUUUUGUUCCAUUAAGGACAAAACCAAUCUAAGAUUGCAAUACGAACGAUCUACCUCUGAACUUGGAUGGUUCAGAUUGGUAUCUCAAUCUGAUUUCAGAUCUUUGUUCCAUUUAAUGAAACUGCUUUUCGAGCGCAAAAACGUGCUCGUUCAUCAGUGAACACGGCGGCAAAAGUUAUUUAUAUUCCCCCGAUGUUCUAUGCCGCUAAAGGAUUGUAGUAGAUUUAACUGAAGUUCCACUGUUACUCUCAAUCCGUUAGGAAGUGAAAACGCUUAGAUUUUCUCACUGUAAAACUAUACUGUCCAAUGUCUGUUUGUGUUUAGAAGGCUCUUCUCAGCGCUUCGUAAUCGUCUUCUGAAUUUUCUUGAAUCAAAUUUCAGAUAAUUUUAAGUUGAUGAGUUCCCGUAUGAACUACCACUAGUUAAAGAGCUAAUUUUCUUUCCGUUUCUCCACGAGAAGAUACUUUUAGCAGAAAGAAGUGAAAAACGAUGCGUUGAAAUUAAGAAGAAGAUCGGAGCGGCAGGCUGCUGCUGUAUGGAUCAAUCUUAUUUCAGAUUUUUGUUCCGGCUAGCACGAAAAUCCAAACAAUCUGGAUUGUCCAAAUCCGAAAAAAGUUUGGCUAAAAGGAAUGUAACCCGAAAGCCUAUGGGGUGCCAUUACCGCCAAAAUUCAGCUAUCGUUACUUUCGUAAAUGGUGCCUCCAAUUUUGUUUAUGGUGCCUUUGUUUUCAUAAAUGGUGCCUUCAUUUUUGUAAAUGGUGCCUUUAAUUUUGUAAAUGGUACUCCCAUUUUUUUAUUAUUAUUUUUUUAAUGGUGCCUCCUAUUGUUUUGUUUAUGGUGCCUCUGUUUUCACAUAUGUUGCCUCUAAACUUGUUAAUGGUGCCUCUUAUUUUGUUAAAUUGGUGCCUUUAUCUUUGUAUAUGAUGCCUCCGUUGUCUUAAAAAAUGCUGCCGCUGUAAAUGGUGCUUCAAAUAUUCAGCAGUCUGGGAACGACUCUCUGGUGACUUAACCGAGGAAAACUGGGGCUCAGUGUCAAAAUGGCGGACUCCUUAGCCUGUCUUCGCGGUCUUGUUACAGGAGAAAUUGCAAACAUUUGCAACAGUUUAUAGAACUAUAGAGUACCAGUCUAUUUAAAAUGUUAAAAAAAUACCAAGGCAAGCACCGUUUUUGCAUGUUUCCUUGAGGCAUGUACCUAGGGGAUCGAAAUCCUCCGAGGGCUCAAGGGAUAAACUGUUGCAAAUGUUUGCAAUUUCUCCUGUAACAAGACCGCGAAGACAAACUAAGGAGUCCGCCAUUUUGACACUGAGCCCCAGUUUUCCUCGGUUAAGUCACCAGAGAGUCGUUCCCAGACUGCUGAAUAUUUGAAGUACCAUUUACAAAAACAGCGGCAGCAUUUUUUAAGACAACAGAGGCACCAUAUACAAAGAUAAAGGCACCAGUUUAACAAAAUAAGAGGCACCAUUAACAAGUUUAGAGGCAACAUAUGUGAAAACAGAGGCACCAUAAACAAAAAUAGAGGUACCAUGUACUAAGAUAUAGGCACCAGUUUAACAAAAACAGAGGCACCAUAAACAAAAACAGAGGUACCAUGUACUUAUAAGAUAUAGGCACCAUGUUAACACAAUAGGAGGCACCAUUAAAAAAUAAUAAUAAAAAAAUGGGAGCACCAUUUACAAAAUUAAAGGCACCAUUUACAAAAACGAAGGCACCAUUUAUGAAAACGAAGGCACCAUAAACAAAAUUGGAGGCACCAUUUACAAAAACAGAGGCACCAUUUAUGAAAACGAAGGCACCAUAAACAAAAUUGGAGGCACCAUUUACGAAAGUAACGAUAACUGAAUUUUGGCGGUAAUGGCACCCCAUAAAAGCCAACUAACGAUUGCGUUUUUCGCUGCCGUCAAUCAUCUUAGCGGACCUCUUAGGAAACAAAACUUUACUUUAACGGUUUCAAAAGGUCAUGGUUUGUGAUCUGUGAUUGGUGGAUUUCAAACGUUUUGUGUGUUUCUGUGUUUCAAGGUUCGUUGCUUGUGAUCGUAAUUAUGAUUGACGGCCGCGAAAAACGCAACUGUGAAGGCGGCUUAUGAACUUUAGAGUUCGCAUGUUUGUGAAAAGCGCAUGCCAGUAAGUCUUACUUAACAGCCUAGUGUAAGGACAACCAUUUGUUGUCUUUACACUAGGCUGUGAAGAAAGACUUAAGAGCUGCUAAGUUUUACUUAACCAAAAAUUCGUGUGUGAAGGCCUAAGUAAGAUCUCAAGUAGCUUUACUUUGCAUCUCAUUAAAGUCGGAAAGUUGAAACGAUUCAAGAAAGUUUCAACUUUCAAGAGACUUGAAAACCAUCCUUAAAACCGACUUAGCCAACUUGCGGUUUCUAAGCUUUGAGAAAGGCGAAGCAUGUCAGUCAAUCAAUCACGCUCUAGUGUAAAGACUACCAUUGUCAAUUCAUUUAAUCAGGGAAAGUGUCCAUUUGACGAAGUCUGGGAAUUUCAAAAACUAUUGUGGCAACUAUUGAGCAAGCUCACGCAUGUUGAGAACUGAGAAACUGAUCACCUUCAGCGUGACUUGUAUGUGGACAUUUCAUACAAAUUCACUCGUGUAUGGGCAUAUGUGUCAUACAUGUACACGAAUAACUAUGUACACCUGCAUAACCGAUUUGGUGCUUUUUACAGAGAUUCAGUGCUAAUGAAGGCCCACCGGCAUAUUCAAUAAUCAUAAGUCAUGAUCACUUUUAUACUACUCAUGAACUGCAUUCUUAAUGACAUAGCUACAUGUUUUUUCAAGAGCUUUUCUAUUUCUAUCAAUGAUGUUUGCACCUUACUUUUACAAACAAUAAUAGUUGUGGAGUGUGAUUAUGUACAAAAACAAGUACAAAAACUCUUACUGCUAUAGUUCACUAGCAAUUAAUAUUUUUUCUCCAGGGUUUACGUGUUGUUUUCACUAGAGCAUUUCUUCUGCCAUUUCAUCCACCCAUUAGUUUGAUAUCCAGUAACAAAAACAAUUACAUCUGCGUAUGACAGCUAUAGCAGAUGCUGCUACUGACACCCUUCACAAAUUAACAAUUAGUUUAUGCGUCAGCGUGCGUACGUCGAGAUAUUGAGCACGUCGGGAAGUUUGGAGAGCAAGAAAGAGGCGUAAGAGUAGCUCGAGGCGCAACCUAGAGCAACUCUAAACUCUCUCUCUCAAGUGCUCAAUAUCUCGACUUACGCACUGCUGAAGCAUGAACUAAUUGUUUUAUAAUAUUAUCAAAGCGAUCAAUGUUGCAGUUAACUUAAAAUUAUAGCGGAGCUCUCGCGCGCGAAAGGCGCCAGCGGAGCACCAAGGGUAAGAAAAUGAAGUAAUCUACCCAUCCAAGAAAAUUUGGUAAUCACGUGACCGUACACCGAGAGACCGUCCGUCCGCACCACAGGCAUGCUAAUCGAAAAUAACUCAAUCAACAGGUAUGGUAACCCAAAUGCAACUCGAGGUUAAUUUUGGCGGGAAAUCGCAUAGCCACCGGCGUCUUGUAAAGCAGAGACAACAAAAAAGUCAAUAAAGACGAAUACGGAAAGCGUAAAUUGCUUCUGUAUCCGUGUUGUCUAAAGUAUGAAGCUUAGAUAAAUUGUCAUGUCUACAAAUUUGGAAUAUAGACCAAGGGAAGGACAGAGAAAAUAAGUGGGCGGCAGGCCAGCGAAGCUCAACGAGAAAAAGGGCGACAGGGAUUUAGAGCGAGAGAUAAAAACAUUUUUUUGUUGGAAGAACAACAUGAAAAUUUUGUAGCGGCGGUGACAAAAUGAGAAAUACUAGCGGCCACCAAUGCAAGGUGAAAAUGAGCGGCAGUGGAAAAAAGUGAACGGGACCACGUACGACAUUUCCUCAAUAAAACGUGUAACUAAGGGCCUGUUUACGUGGAGGUGGGGGACCCCAGGUAGGUGAGGUAACUCGCUGUCUAUAUAAUCUCUCAUUUUAAUUUGAUCAUGUUUACAUGAUAGGUGGGGUAACCCGCCACAUGUUACCUCACUUACCUGGGGUCCCCCACCUGCACGUAAACAGGCCCUAAGAAGUUUCUGGAAGUUUCACGUUUUAGUCGUGAAAAACAACGGCAAAGAAAUGUACAAAAAAAAGGGCGCUGAACGUGCAGUUGCAAAGUUGCUUUUGCUAAUUAGACCUAUUGUUGUUUUUCAACUUUUUCCGGUGUUGCAUGCCUUCGCCGCUUAGCAUUAAACGAUUUUAUAUUUUGUUUCUGAACAAACUAUUAAUAUUAUCGAGAGCUUCGCUUUCAGCCCUAGCUAAAUCUAUAUAUUAUUAUUGUAGCUCGCGCUCAAAGCAGUGCGCGUCAAUGUUUACGUGACUAUACUCUCACAGUUAAGCUUAUGUUUUUAUCCUGAAACUGGGAUAAAGAUGUACUCUAAAAUAAUUUUAAAAUCCAUAUUUAAGUGCCGGAAAACUAUUAAUUCUCCGAAAAAUUGUUAUUGAGAGAAAACGACUUUGCAAAAAAUGAUCUCACGCCAUAGCCCGAACAGGUCGCAGAAAUAACAACAACAACAGCACUCACCUCUUUUCCUUACUAUUGGUUAACAAAACGUUUCCUCUUGAAUUUCCUCCUAAAACAAAUGGUAAACGCUUUAUCGUGUACUGCUGAGUUAUGGAUGCACUCAGGAGACUCAGGAUGGCUAAGCUCAUAACAACUCGAGGAAUUACGAAUAGUUUAUUGACGUCAUCAGCGUGCUCAAUAGGAAAAUGAAGCACGCUUGCGCUAUUGAGUUUGAUUAGGCGAAUUUUCUAGCUAUGUUAUAAUUAACAAUUAUUCCACGAGGGCGCGUUACUUUAUCUUCUCGUAUUGCCAAUGUAUACUUUCCCGCACUGAUUCACAAAUGUUACAAACUACUCGGUGUAUUCGUGGGUCAAUAUGGAGUACUUAGGUCGCAGAAAGUGCGAUCGAAUUCUUGUGUCCGAUUUGAAAAUAGCACUGAUAAGCCAUGUUGUUUUAUGCAUGGACGAAGAUAACAGAAUCCACUAGCCCGAUAGCAAAAUCCACUAGCCCUUGGCCAUCGGACACUACUUUUUUGCACGCUGCCCUUAGUCUCUGCUCUUUUUCUUUUUCAUGCUUUGGCUCGCAGAAGAAUAACAUUAGUUCCGAUAUUAGGCCCGGUUUAUACGUCGAGUUUUAACAUUUACAGAAAAUUCGUCGAAGAUUUGGCAUUUCAUCGGUGCAAGGCUAAUUAUUGUUCAUUGUGGGUUGGUUUUCUAUAUGAAAAAAAAUAAAAUAAAAUAUAAUAAUAAUAAUAAUAAUAAUAAUAAUAAUAAUAAUAAUAAUAAUAAUAAUAAUAAUAAUAAUAAUAAUAAUAAUAAUAAUAAUAAGCUUGUAGCUAGUGAGGCGUCCUUUUGAAUCUCUUCCGACUAAUGAGUCAAGAAAGGGAAUUUUCAGUUUCAAUUUCAACUGUGAAACGGGCCUGUUGCGCAAUUGAUUUGCUCAAGGAAUUCUUUACUGUUGUUCUCUGGAAUACUGAAAUGACCGAGGACGAAAGCCCAUUUGACCCAGUUACAGACUGCUCCCAAUCUCGUUCGCAGAAGCUGCGAUCCUUUUGGUCAGCACCAAGGAUCACUAACCUCUGGAAGAAUCCGUAAAAAGAACAUCUCUGAUUGGCCGAUAAAAGCAUGUUCAUCAUGGGCAAAGUACUUGGCAAAUAAAAAAAAACUGCGAGCACGUUGACUUGAUUUUGACAGGUCAUUUGUGUACACACCAACGACUUGAAACCGUAAAGGAACGACUUUAUCCCUAUCUAAGGUCACGAAACCACAUAACAUUUUGUUCAAAAAUUCCAUUGUCUUUUUUGUGAAAGACAUUCAACGCCACUCUUUAAGAUACAUACAUGUUAUUGAACCAUUCAUAUUUGCAUACAGUUGUGCUCAUUCUCAGGCUGAGCACGAAAGAAUGUGUGUCGUUAUCACGAAUAUCUCAGCCGCGGUAAUUUAAAUAAAUACAUAUAUUUUUUCGGUCUCCUUGACAGUCGUUUCAAGUUACUCAAAACAUCGAUCAAAGGUCAUGUAAGAAAAAACUGCUUUGAGACGAUCGUGUACCAAUUGUGCGAGUAAGGCAAAAUUGGCUUGGAAACGUCUCUUGGUCAAAUGGUUUAACAACUUGAUGCAGGCGCAAUUAAACCGAAACUAGGAUUUUCUGGUUCUGGUUUUGGAUUCUUACAGAGCGUCCAUUGCCCGUUCAGCUGGAUAAGGGUAACGGAAGUUCUGUGGACGGGAUUGGACCGCUCGCUGAUUUCGAAUAGCGGAAAUACGUGCAAUGAGGAGGGAAGCGGUCUCCAGGAUCCCUCUCCUUGAUCUACCACUGGUUAAUUGUUCUCCUUCUCCCCUUUCCUUUAUAAGGAGUCAAUUGUCUUCUGGCUUUCACUAUCAUGUUUUGAGGCUUUUCAGCUUUAAAGGUUUAAUAAAAGAAUAGAAGUAUUAAAAAUAGUCCGGUUGGUCAAUGAUUGUGUUUUUAUCUUUAUGUUAUUUUUUACUCAAGGAUUCGAGCUAUAUUUAAGGCCAACGAGUGCGUGCUCAAAACGUUAUUCGCUUUUAUUGAUCAAUAUAAUUAUACUGAUGACGACAUUUAUGCGUCGCUUUGUUUUGUUAGAGAGAGAUGGGCAGAUUUCAUGGGAGACGGGGACUUUGUUUUGUAUCACAACAAGGAAAAAGACUUUGAGGUAGGUGACAUUUAGGGGGAAGUGAACAACUACUGGCCGAGUUAGGCUCUGGCAGCUGCUAACCGCGGUAACGCUUUGCAACAGAGAUGAUGCUAACGCAGACUUUGUUGCCUCUUGCUUCUAUUCGUUCACAGCUUCGACGUUUUACGUAUAUUACAUACGGUGAUCAUUCUUUUUAAGGAAUUUUAUGUAGUCUUUCCUUAGACUUGUGGAAAAGUGAUUGAAAUCAACCAUAGGCGUUAAGUGAAAAUCUGCUGUUGGGCAGCUCUAUGACACUGCUUUUAAGAAAUUGUAUUUAUCUAUUAUUAUUUAUCUAUCGUUGCACGUAUUACUGAAGUAAAAAAGAAUGAGGAUUAAAAUGUCUCUGAAUCAUACAAAAUUCUUUAAAAAUAUUUGGCUAUAUACCAUACUCUCUAGUCUAAGAUCUUUUAAGAUAUUAAAAUAUCGAAAUUUUAGUGGCAGUUCUAGAUCGUGCAAAAUUCCAGUUUUACUAUUUGGAACUUUACUAUUUUGGUAUCCAUUUCUUAUCAUUGAUUAUUUUUAGAUGUAGUGGAUAUCCCGUCAUUCGUUGCUACCAUAAAACACACGGACACGUGCUUUUGGUUGUUUUAUAGGUCCAAACAAGACAAUGGUUUUGCAAUCAUCCAGGGGUAACAUGUAAUUGUGGAGCUCUCAUUCGCGAUCACAACGACGUCAUCAGGUUUAGCUGUUGUGGUACCCCGCGCAAAAAGGAUCAAGAUAGCACAACCCCAAUUGAGGUUGUUAUACCGGGUAAAAAAUGCCUGGCGCCGGGAAUCUCCUUAAAACAAUUAAUCAAAGGCAUCAACAGUAAAUACGAGGUGAGCUCGAUUUGUAUAUGUUCGUUGUACUGCGUGUAUCGUCCCUCUUGAAAUUGUAAAUAUCACAGUAUAAUAAAAGACUGUUUUCUACAAUUAUUUUCUGGGGCUUUUGAAAACCCUUUAUUUAUUUGACUCAUAUCAUAGAUCUUCAGCAUUUAUGUGCGCAAUCUUAGCAUCUUGGAGGAGGAAGUGGUGGCUGGGCACUUUGUCCAUCUUCGGCCACAACGUCGGGAACUCCUUAGUAAUUCUGCUUUUUAUAAAGCCAAAGAACGUCACCACGGAUAAAACUGAACUUUGAAUCGGUAUUAUUAUCUUUUAGUCAUAGUGCGAAUAAAUAUUUGUACGUCUCAGUGCCGGACAUCUGUAGUUGUUAACAUUGUCGGAGUGAUAAACUUUUUCAGCUAUAAUAAAUCGGAAAACACUGUUGUGAAUACUUUGAAGUCUUUUCUUACCUUCAAAAACUUCUAAGCUUGUAUUUUCUUGUAUUUUCAAAAAUUCUUACUUUAAAACUUUGGCAAAACACCAAGCUUACGCAUUUUCUACUAGUCUAUGAACUGUCCACAAUACACUACUGAGACAUUCAGCAUCAAGUUCCGCCACCCUUUUGUUCUGAAUCUUUGAAAGUGCUUAUGAUAAAAUUUGCCGCUACACAUCGUGAAAUGACAUGAAAGGAAACGAUGUCGCUUUUCGAUAAGUGUUAGUAAAAAUUAUAAUUAGGUUAGGGAUUGAGAUAAUACAGGAAUAACGAGUAAUCUUAACUUUUUGCUGUAAAUCUGUAAUUGCAGGUGGAAAAUGAAUGAAUUUGAGUGAAAUGACCGGUUUGAAUAGGCUUAACAGAAGACAACAUAGCUCAUUAAAAUUACAACUCAAGCUUACUUACUUGUUUUUUUCCUCUCUAACUAUUGUUUCGAAAGCACUCUACAAUUUUCGUUAGUGACAACGAGAUAUACGAAGCUAUUCUAUUCCAAUUUCCAGGCUGAUGUUCACUUUUCUAAGAGAAAAACUCUCCUUUAUGGACUCAACAAAUUUGCUCGUUUAAUGACUGCGAAGCAAUAACAAGUUUUUAAAUUCAGCUUUCAAAUCUCGCACUUCAUUGAUUCAUUUGAACAACUGAUAGACGCACUCAGUGGUUAUUAAGUUCAAAGUGGUAAACUCAGCAUUCAAAUCUCGCGCUUCGUCGAUUCAUUUGAAUAAACUGUUCGCACCCGGCUACCCGUAGAAAAAAUCUUUCAUUUCAGACUCCAUCAAAGUGUUUCAGCGGGACAUAUUGUCGCCUUUGAUUUCGCUUCGCAUGGCUUCCUGGCUUUUCACAUUGUCAUAAAAAAAAAAACAUUUAAAUUCUUUGCUUCAGUUGUCUGACAAGGAGAAUGAAUAAAAAGUCUCACAUCACGUUCAGCUAUUGAACUAAAGCGUGUCCUGUUCGUGCCCUGUUUUAUCCGCGCGCGUGCACGUUCUAAUCCUCUUAAGUGUAAAGGCGUUUUCAUCAUGAAAACUUGGCUUAACUUUGGAAUUGUUUUAUAACUCUUCUAGCAAUAUUAAUCUUUUCGCGUGCUUAUCGGCAACGGUCUUCCUUUGUCGUGUUACUGGAAAUUUAAACCGUCCCAACAGUGCUUAUGAUCAAGAUACUCGCAAUGUACAAUGUAUACAUGUAUGUACGCUACCUAGAGAAAUGAUAGGAUCGACAACGAGCGUUGACGUUUGCUUAGCACGUGAGCGUGACAACCUCGUUCCCAGGGUUCUCUCACGAGGUGACGUGAGUGAAUGCACGUCCCAGCCGCCCCGAAGUUGCUCGAAAUACACUUCGGCAACAACAACGACAUGUCGUUUUCAUAUCGGGCGAUUUCGGAGCGAGCCGAUCUCGGUCUACGAACCUGUGUGAGAGACUCAUUUGCAUAUUUCAUUCCACAGCGAUAACUCGUAAAUGCCGAAUAAUGGUAAUCAUCAUCGCGGCCACCAAAGUUUGAUGUAAUGAUUACGAGGAAUAAAUCAACGUCUACUGAAAGAAGAGGUUCUGGAUUAUUAAAGCCUUUUGCAAAAAUUUAACAAAAUACGGAAAGAAUUAAAGUGAAGGGGGGGGGGAGGAAAUACAUCCAUUCCCUUUACAUCUGUACAUUCAAGAGAUUUAUUUUCAUUUUUUGGGCGCAUAAUCAUCAUUUUUCAUCGAGAUGUUUAUUUUUAUUUUAGGUUAUAGUACCAUCGGGGAUAAGAGUUAUACUUGAGAGAAAUUAUUGGGGGAUCGACGUAACUAUUUACGCUCCUCGAACCGCAAGUCGUAACGACGAGGAAGGACUGUGUUUGUACAGAAAUAAAGCUCUUGAUGGAGAUAUGAACACUUAUGGAUACAGAUACAGGUACUUAGGUAUUCUUUUUUUGAAGAAAUAUAAUUCAGUCAUAACGAUUCAUUGCGCAUGUAUUUCAAAUAGUAGAAUAAUUAUUAUAGCUUGGUCUUUACCCAAGGAUUAUGAGUGCAGGGAGUAUAACUCAAAAUAUAUAAUAUAUACAAAUGCAAUCUUGGUAGGCUUGUUAAUCGUUCCAAUUUCACGAUAGUCCCUUUUUUCAAGGAUCGCCAAGUUUUGACCGCGUACUGAUGGUCUUCAUCACACGAUGGGGUUGUUUUACUGAGCGGAAGUAGUAGUAAACGCCGCGGUUGCUUGUAAUUGGUGCAUCACGAACCACACUCUUUGUUCGUGGGUUUUGAUGCAAAGCAUUGUUGGCAUCACAGUGUUAGUGGAAAAGACUGUUCCCUCAGCGAUACGCUAUGAUACAGAUCUGCUGCUGUGUGUUGUCUGAUCGUAGGCAUCCUUGCUUCUGGAAUAUCAAGUCCGCUGUCUCUACUGAUCUAGUUAGGGUGACGUUCGGUUAAUAAUCCAUUCCUAGUUUAUAAAGCGGGUAGUUAGAAACGGCUGAGGUUUUAGUUCGUGAAAGUGGGAUGGCUCUGUUAUGCUCAUUUAUCCUUUCAAGCAUCUCGCAAACUAAGAAUUAGCUCACGGUCCGUUCCGUCACGAUUCCGUUACCCAGCACGGCUUUCGCGAUCGGUUACUAUUAGUGACAAGCCAUUGAAUGAGGCCGAGAAGGAUGUGGUGAAUUAUGUAGAUCGAAGAGGAUGAAUAACAUCCUCCGAGACCUGCAUAAUUCUUCACAUCCCCGGGUUCACAUCAUACCAAAGCCGAACUCAAUAAUUGUUUUGUUAAAUUUCUAGUUCUUAACAAGCUUACCUUCUCGUACACUCAAAACUUUGGCCUAUUUCUAGGCAUGGUUUUAGGAAAUGAACAGAUCUUUUUCUUUCUGGAUUCUCCACAAAAAGUACAUACCAUCCAUCGAGCGAUAUGUUUUGCGUAUAUUCUUGCAUUUCUUCCAUUCAGUUAGUUAUAAACUCGGGUAUUUCGUCUUCGUAUAGCUAUGAGCGCCGUUUUCUUUUUUAGUUUACUCAGGAAAAAUAGCCGUAGGCUGCCGCUUGGAAACGGUCUUGACCGAAGCCAUAAUUCAUACCAUGGAAUCAAUGGUAUAUUGCUCGCAUCUUCCAAAUAUGGUAAGCGCCAGUUUGGCCUGGGUUCGAAUCCCAAAGGCCAUGAUGUUUCACGCACUUGCUCCGAGAUGUGUUCUCCGGGUCCGGAGUAAUUUGGACAAAUGCUUGCCUGGCCUCAUAUAAAUUCACCAGUGGGUUCAUAAUGAGAGCCUUUUUAGCCUUCUCAAGUAGGUCUUGCGUAGUAUAGUAGUAAAAAAAGUGUUUAACAAUAAUGCAACGUGGGUUUUUUUUUUCACUUGGCCUGUAAAUAUCACUUGUAUUUUUUUAAAUGGUGUCUUUUAUAAAUUAAUACAUUUAGGCCCAAAUUUUUUCUACUAUAGGAAAAAACCAAGUUACUUCGAUCAGCCACCUCUGCACACAAACAUCAAUACCGGUGGGUUGAAUUAUGAACGAUCUUGUCCAUGUGAUAAGACAAAAGACAAGGGGAAAAACAAAAACAAAUGCGUGGAUGGCAUUCCAGUAUACGUGCCAACCGCUACCAACGACAAAUUGAAUCGAAUUAAAAUGUGCGACAGGAAUCCACAAAAACGAGACGUAGAGGGAUCAGACGAUUUAACAGACGAAGAUUUCGCUUUAUUCAGGAACCCUUCAGAUAAUAAACUGGUUAGAAGGAUGAAGCGGUCAAUUACUCCGGUUUCUAGAGACAAUGCUACACGAUACUGCACUGAAAAAUUAGCAGAAACACAGGUGGGAAAGUUGUGCGCUAAAUUAGGAGCCAAUGUACAAGCACUUGUGAACGUUUGCUCCUCCGACAUUGAGGUAAGCAUCUGAAAAUUAACAUUUCAUUAAGAUCAGAAGCUUUCUACGCAGACUUAAUUUCUUCUGGCUUUUUCACGGGCGUCAGCAAUUUCGAAGGCCUCUUAUGAAUGUCUACAAUGAAAGUCAUUUUCGAGAGCCUGUUUUCCGAACCAUGUACUGGUUCGGUUGGGACCGUUUCAUUGUCGCGUGAGGCUUAGACGUAAAAAAGAGGCAUAUAGUCUGACAUAACCUAAGAGGAACUGAAUUGGCUAUUCGGCGCUGUGCAAAGUGUCAUUAAUUAGCUGAAAAAGUAAUUAAUUACUAUUAAUAACACAAUUUUUAAUAUUAUAGUCAGUCUCCAUCGCUAGAAAUCUGAUUUAGGUAGCGGAAUACUCACAACUUAAAGGGGCUAAUGUCACGAGGAUAUCUUUUUUUUUUCAGGUCAAUUCUGUGCUUAAUUCGUCACUUACUUCUUCGCCUUUACCCGUACACAGAAUGCUCCUGUGGAAUUACUAACCGUAAUAAUUUUUUUGGCGAUUUGAAGUUGAAAAACGUUGGUCCGGCUUUCAGGUUUCAAUCCAAGAUAUCCACUCUUUUCACUAGCCGCUACAGACGACAGGACACAGUUUCAGUUUUGUCUAACCGAAUGCAUAACAAAUCUGGACCAAUAUUUUUGGAAUUCAAAUGGUGCGGAGAUACGUUUUAGCGUUUUAAAAAGAUAGCAAAUAGCGGGACAUAUCCCCUUUAAAGCUAGUUUUUCUUCUCGCAGUCAAAAUGGUCAUUUCUUUCUAAGGCUCUGGGUAAUAUUCCUUACCUUUUUCCAGAUAGGGUGAAACGCCUCUAUCACUCGGUUAGUGGAUUUGUUUCAUUUCCUAUUCUUAGUUUACAGGAGACUUCUCAUUCGCAAUUGGUGCUGCAUCCAUGUUGAUGGCUGAAUGCAAUGAUGUAAUCAUCCAAAACAUAACAGUGAAUACGAACACUACAAAUAGCACCAGCACAGAGGCAGUAAAGAUACCCCCCAUCGUGGAAGAAAUUUCUGAACUUCUUUGUCCAAAUGACUGCGCUUUCAAUGGUAAAUGUAUAAACGGCUCUUGUGUUUGCAACAAGGACUACACAGCCAAAGACUGUUCCAUAUCAGUUUAUCAAAGGCCAGACAUUUCAAGGUAUAGUUAAGUGUAGUGAUAGGACCUGAUACAGCAGGUGUUUCAACUUGUGACAUUUUACAUUGCUUUAUAGUUUUUUUUUUCGCCCUCUAUCGUUUGAUUGUCACUGAAAUGCACGUUACGUACUUCGAUGCCUAUAUGUUAUCCUCCUUAAAUCCGUGCCAGCCGUCUAGCCUUCUAUAAGACGUUCUUUGGCUCGUCACACAUUCCUCCUGACUGCGUAGCUGAGGGAAAAAACGAUAUUUCCUGUCCGUAAAUUGCAAUAUUGUCUCCUUGGACACCGGGCGAAGCACAAUCACAGUAAUUUGAGCCCAUACAGUACCUUUCUUUAUUCCUUAAAGAUAAUGAAACCAGACUAGCAAGACAUCACAGGGUUCUUCGACAAGACCUUUCUUCAUGUUUUUGUGUCCAUUCAUUCGUCCGCAAUUUAUUUUGGUCGCUUUAAUAUUGCUAACAGGCGAACCCGCGUUAUUUGCGGCUGGUUUCUCGGCCUCUGUCCUCUGCAGAGGCCCUCACACGGGGAAGCUAUGUCCAAUAGCCGGCAUAAAACAAACUCUAUGAACUACGCACUGGUUAAAUUCUAAUAGUCGGACAAUGUUUUUUUUAGACUACAAACAGAUGGAUUGUGUGAUCGUCGAAAACGACGAUGCAAAAAAGUAUCUGUCCUGGGAACUGGUUAUCUGAAUUCUACCAAUGUGACCUGUCAUGUUGAGGAAAUGGAGGUACUGAUGUAAAUGUUACAGGUCAAAAUUAUAUUCAGGUCAAAAUUUUUUUACUUAGGUUGAUUCUCUAUUUCCUUUGUCUGCUGGCCCUAAUUUAUGAAUAAUUAGGGCUAGGGAACAAAGGAAAUAGAGAAUAAUUCUAGGUUUAAAAUUUUUAACCUCAAUUAAUUUUGACCUGUAACAUAUAACCCCAGAGUAAUACAUUAUGUUUCACCUGUUAUCAGGGGUUUUCUGGGAAGCACAAAAGUCAGCAGACAUGCAAAGAAAGAAAAAGAAAAAGGGAGGAGGGACUACCUGAUCGCAGGUGUUGUCCAUUGAUCGUUACUUGUUAAGUACAGUAGUAGUAGUUUUAAUAAUAAACAGUUUAUAUAGGGCAUUUUCUGCAGGCAUCCAAAGGCGCUUUAUAUUAGAAGUUAUUCAAAUUCUAAAAAGUAAAGACUAUAUCUAAAAACUAUCAUUGCAAAAUCCACAGUCACUAAAAUUAAUAAAUGAGUAAAAGUAAAAAACCGUUUCUUAAAAAUAUAAUCGUUAAUUUUCUCUUUUUAAAAAAUGUUUACAGAAGGGCUUGAUUUAGUGUAGAAAGACAGUGAAUUUCAAAGUCUUGGUGCGCAAUCUGAUCUAUAUCCAUUAUAUUCUAAGAUUUAAUGAGGGUGACUUAACCAACAGUUUCAAAGCAGGUCGUAAACUACGCAGUGGAGAUCAGUUAAGGUGGAUCUCCACUGUCCCGUUAAUAUAAUGGUGCAUUGUAUGGAAGGUUACACGUCUACGUAAAAGUUGAACCUCGCUCAACUUGUACGUUUACUCGUAACCUUUCAUGCAUUGCUUAUAUUUCAUUUACACACGUAAAUUUUACGCGUGUUCGCACGGAAAAAUUACGCGAUAGCGGAAAUCAACCCUAACGCUCCAGGAGAUCAAUUUAAUACGCUGCUUAAAGUGCAGCCAAUAUAACUUUUGUAGACUGGGAUAUAUCAAAAAGAAAAUGCUGUCCGAGUGAGUCUAAAUCUCAAAAAAAAAAAACAAAAAAAAAAAACUAAAACUAAAACAAGAACAAAAAUACAAUUUGUUUCCAGUGGUGCAUUUUUAUGUCAUUUGCUCUUUGAGUUCUGUCCAGCAUGAAGUAUUACGAGAGGUUUGGUGCGACUAGAGACACGCCAGUUAUAAGAGCUUAGUUUUCUGCUUUUCUGAAAAAUGCCUUUAUACCUAUAACAAAUAGAUUGUGUUCUGUAACUAAUAAAAUGAAAAUUGCAUUGUGUCAAUUCAACGUCUGGAAUGAGAGAACCCUUUAUGCAGCUCCCUGAUUAGGUACAUGACUUAUCGGGUACUUGGAUAAAUAAAGAAAAUGGUUCCCGAGAAAUUUAUGGGCGUAUACCGCUUUCCAGAAGAGAACGAUUUUUCUUUUUUUACAAAUUUAUCCACUCUGAAGAGAGUUUAGACCGUUCACAUCGUUCCCGCGUGAACGAUAUAGCGAUAAGCAUCUUUUAAUCUGCUUACUACUUGUUCGCGUUCAAAGCCAUUAUAAAUACACUCGUGUAGUUUAAAAUUCAAUAAGCUAACACCAUGUGUCGACCAGCUUCCACUUUAGUACAUAACUGGGGAACUGAACUUCGAUCAGUGCAAACUUAAAACUUAAAACUUAGGCAAGCACUCCUUCCGAAAUUAAUUAAUUAAUUGAUAAAAAAUUAUUAAAUUAACAAAGAUAAUGAUAAUGAUAAUAAAUUUUGGGAUAGAAAAAUGUGCGGUCUUGUCAGUCAAACAAGGUCGGAGAGGGCAGCAGACGUUUAAAUAGCAAAGGUAAGUUCUAGAAUAUACACCUUGACUGCCGCCAAAGAUCACCAUGGCGUACCGUCAGUAAGGUGGCUUUGGACUGGUGCUAUCAAUUUUUGCGGAACAUUUUGACGAAUAACUAAAGAUGAUGAUACCGCCCCGACCUGAAAUUUUAAAAAAAUGCUUAUUUAUUGAUAUUCUAUAAUAUAUUCCAUUUCAGUUCUGGACUCCAUUCGUUCAACGGUUUUGUAAUAGGCUUUAAUGCUGUAAUGCUGCUAAUAAAAAUGAAAAUGAUUUCGUCUUCUUCAACGUGCGCUUUAUUGUUCAAGGAAAAUUCUAGACUGAUUGACUGAGGUCUUGAACGCAAAAAAACUGUCCUAUGACCUUUUUAUUUUUUUCGGAGAAAAUAGCCAGGGGCGAGGGGCGAUCUAGGUGAAUCUAGCCAGCCUGGCAACCGCUUAUUCUCUUUUCAUUACCGCCAGGUUGUCAACAGCUCUUGGACGCCAAACAAGAACGAAACAAAAUAUCCAGGAAUAAUGACGGACCUCGUUCUUGUAGAGUGCCAUCUACCUGAUUCGCCUGUCAUGAGCACUCAGUAUGAUGAAAAGAUCAAAGGAAUUCCAGCUGCUGGGCUGAUGAUAUCUGUGUCCAAUAACGGCAUCCAUAAGAGCAAAGAGAAGCUAAAAUUUAUAUCCUACGAUUCAGUUUGUAUGGAGUGCAAUGUUUCUACAGGAUGCGUUCUAAAGGCAAAUUUGAUUAACGUUACUUUUUAAUUAACUUAUUUAAAGUAAAACACGAACUAACUUCGAUUUUAUUGAACGGCUUAAAAAUCCUUCUCCUGAUCUCUUUAUUCUCACUGCAAUAAACGUUGCAAUUUUUAUUGCUUUUAAGUAUAGCCACGUAGAAAGCGUUUCCAGUCGAGUUGCUUCGCGAAAGUUGGAGCCGAGCAAAAGAAUCUCGUCCUAACUUUCUCGACGAACUCGCCCAGAAACGCUUGCUAUUUUCUUUAUGAAUUACUACUGAGUUCUUAAACUGCAGUUACGUCAAGUAAGGGUGUACACCGUGUUAGAGAUUUCAAGAUGUAAUUCUCUAAUUAACAGUUUAUUUCAUUUUCGUAAUGUCUCUGUUUUACAUUCUAGAAAAGCGCUUGCUUCAUCAAUCGCUACUGCUUUGCAGCGAAUGAAGCAAAUCCAAAAGACUGGUGCCAGCAAUGUCUCCCGGAAGUUGAAAAAAACACUUGGACCAAACGGCAAGGUAAGAGUAUUAUAUUUUUAGCCAUAUUAAUGAAUAGUGAGCAUUAGCUAAGAGAAAGGCAAGACGGAUUUAGGAACACUCUACCUUUUUACGUUUUCAAGUCAGUCCUGUUUUUAUUUUUCUCUCAAGUUCAAUUGUUUUUUCUGUCAAUUUGACCUUCGUUUCCGUAUUUUGCAGUUUUAGUUUGCUUUAUAAAAAGGCCAAUAUGACCGCUAUACAGAAAUAUUUCUUUAGUUUUCUUCAGUGUUUUCAGCACUUAUUGUAUUUCUUGCAAACGAAAGAUGAAAAUUUCAACAUCGUGAUUUUUCUUUGGAGCGGAGAUAGUGAGAUUGUUAUUAUAGCCAACUAUCAGUACAAAGAGCUAACUAAUUCAUAAAUAAUAUCGUAGGAUCUUUGUGAUUUUUUAUGUAAAUAAAUAGUACAGUUGGAUAAUAAAGAUAUGGACUGUUUUUCGAUUCUUUCUCCCGUAUCUGAAAAAUUCAAAUGUUGAAAAUCAAAGGAGCACCCUUUCCCUAGUUUUUCGGGUAUGGUCAACUUUGUUUCAAAAAUUCUCUCUAAGAUACAGAUACUGAUUUAUGUUCCAAAAUAUUUACGGAUAAUCUCCAUCGAAUGAUCAGAGGGAGGAUUAUAAUGAUCUCAUUAGCAAGUCUCUGUGACAUUUUCGUUUAGUGAAUUACCCACCUAACGUUACCACAGUAACGGACUAUUACGUGGUACACGGCGAGAGACUUGAGCUUCCAAUUGAAGCAACAGAUCCUGAAGGAAUGCCGAUCACCGUGUCUCUUUUGGAAGGAAGUCCUAAAGAUGCAGUGGUGCAGAACAACAUUCUCCUCUGGAACGUCACAACAAACAAGACAACACACUUUUUCUUUAAGGUCACUGACGCUUGCCAAGCAUCAGCAACGUUAAACAUCACCAUUACCAUUAACGUAUGCCAGUGUAACAACAGUGGUCAAUGUGUCCCCCAGAAACCUCGAGGACGAG